UCAAAACGGAGAGGGCGUUCCGACGGCAGCGGCGUGGGUUCGCCAGAGUGACACAAUUAUAAUAACUUUGAGCUGGCGAUUGGGGGGAAGUUUGUGAUAUUACCAAAUAACGCCGUAUGGUAAAAACCCCGCAUUAGCAUUGCUCCAUGCAUCCUACGGUAUUAGCUAAUACAGCGUGUUUUGCAUAGAACAAUGUGAAAAGGAGGCUUUUGGAAGGAUCCUAUUUUCCGGACUUGGCAUCAAUUCUUUUACGUUUUAAUCCUGGCAAAGGUGCUCUUCUUUGGUUAGUAAAUUAUUUCGGUGGAGUUUCUCUACCGCUUUCCUGUUGCUUUUCCAUGAAAUCGUGCGGAGUGUCGCUCGCCGCUGCUGCCUGCGCUGCUGCUCGAAGUAUCGGCGCUGCUGGUGAUGAGGAAAAGAAAAUGGCGGCGGGAAAAGCGAGUGAAACCGAAGAGGACUUUCCGAAGCUAACGGCGCAGGAGAGGGACAGCUUGGUCGGAAUCGACAGUUCACUAUUUGGAUUUCAGAGGCUUCAUGAAGAUGGCGCCAGAACGAAGGCCUUGCUGUUAAAGGCUGUUCGCUGCUAUGAUUCUCUCAUCUUGAAAGCUGAAGGCAAGGUUGAUCCAGAGUUGUUUUGCCAGCUAGGUCACUUCAACCUCCUACUAGAGGAUUACCCAAAAGCAUUAUCUGCAUACCAGAGGUACUACAGUUUACAGUCUGACUACUGGAAGAAUGCUGCCUUUUUAUAUGGCCUCGGUAUGGUUUACUUCCAUUACAACGCAUUUCAGUGGCCCACACAGCCCAGCUGCUCAGAGGCCCAUGGGGGACAGAGAAGGGCGAUAAAGGCCUUCCAGGAGGUGCUCUACAUUGACCCGGGCUUCUCAAGAGCCAAGGAGAUCCACCUGCGGCUCGGCCUGAUGUUUAAGGUCAACACCGACUACGAGUCAAGCCUGAAGCAUUUUCAGCUGGCUUUGAUUGACUCCAACCCCUGCACUUUGUCCAAAGCUGAAAUCCAGUUCCACAUCGCUCACUUAUAUGAAAUUCAGAAGAAAUACCGUGCUGCAAAAGAAGCGUACGAGACUCUCUUACAAACGGAGAAUCUUCCGGCACAGGUGAAGGCGACCACCCUCCAACAACUGGGCUGGAUGCAUCACACGGUGGAGCAGCUCGGGGACAAAGCCAACAAGGACAGCUAUGCCAUCCAGUGUCUGCAGAAGUCCCUGGAAGCUGACCCCAACUCGGGACAGUCCUGGUACUUCCUGGGCAGGUGCUACUCCAGUAUCGGGAAGGUCCAGGACGCCUUCAUCUCCUAUCGGCAGUCUAUUGACAAAUCAGAGGCCAGUGCAGACACAUGGUGCUCAAUAGGUGUGUUGUAUCAGCAACAGAACCAGCCCAUGGACGCUCUGCAGGCAUACAUCUGCGCCGUGCAGCUGGACCACAGCCACGCGGCAGCCUGGAUGGACCUGGGCACGCUCUACGAAUCCUGCAACCAGCCGCAGGACGCCAUCAAGUGCUACAUCAACGCCACGCGCAGCAAGUCCUGCAGUAACAUCAACGCCCUGGCCGCGCGCAUUAAAUGCCUGCAGGCUCAAUUGUGUAACCUUCAGCAAGGUAGUCUCCCGAGUAAAAGUAAAAUGCUUCCUAGUAUUGAGGAGGCGUGGAGCCUGCCAAUCCCUGCUGAGCUUACCUCCAGACAGGGCGCCAUGAGCACAGCACAGCAGGCCUGCAAGCCCCAUCAGAACCAAGAGGGCCAGAACGCAGCCCACUCCCUGCCGCUCCACGCCACCGCCGGCCCGGCGGACGAGCUGUCCAGCCCCGCCAAGAGGAAGAGGACGGCGAGCCCAGCCAAGAACUCUCCGGAUUCCUGGGCAAACAACCCAAUACAGCAGCAAAACCCCAACUGGUACUUGACGCCGCAGAAGUUGCAGCUCCUGGACCAGUUGCGGGCGAACCGGGCGAGUCUGAAGCCGGCGCAGCUGCAGAUGCUGGAGCAGCUUGAGGCUCAGUUCGCCCUCAUGCAGCAGCACCAGCAGCAGAUGAGACAGAACGCUGUUGGUCAGAUGCGCCCCUCUCUUCCCAACGGCCCUUCGUCUGACCCCUCCCUGCCCGCCAGCGCCCCCGGCCACCCGCACCCCAUCCUCUCCCGGACCCCUUCCUCUUCCUCCUCCUCUUCCUGCUCCGUCCCGGCCGGCCCCACGGCCAACGGGCCCUUCCCUUCCAGCUGCGCGCCUCUCGGGGUCGGAGGCGGGACCGACGGCACGUCUGCGGCCAAUAAUCAUGCGGCGGGGGCGGGCCCAGGCAGCAACGGAAACGUGCCUUACCUGCAGCCACACGCGCUACCUCACAACCGCACAACCCCCACCAGCACUGCAGACGAAGCCUGGAAGCACCAACGCGUCAACUGCCACUCAGGUAAGGGUCCGCUGCAGGGGCUUCACAAAGGUCCAGGUUCUCAUUCGGCAGGUCCUAAUGGCGAACAGCCUUUCUCUUCCUCUGGGGUCCUCUCCCCCCAGUCCUCUCAUUCUGUAGCCCCUGGUGCUACCCCUGCCCCUGGCCAUGCCACACCCAAUCAGGAGGCCCUGGAGCACGGUGGCACUGCCCUGUCCUCCUCCGCAUCCACCACCACCACCACCACCCACAAUCACAUGACCACCCCCAACAACACCCUGACUCUCCCGGCACCUCCCCCUACCGCCACUGCUGCCACCCAGCACUCUGCUACCUCAGGUGGACCGCCGGGCACGGGCCAGACCAAAGAGGGCGCGCCAUCAGGGAACGGGCAUCCGGGCACAGGAGCGCCCCAGGGUGGCGGGAGUGGCAAUGGUAACGUCGGCCCCAGCUCGGCAUCGGAGGGACUCCCUAAUCACGUCCCCCCUCAGCAGUCGUCGUCCGUGCCGUCCACCGCCGCCUCCUCCUCUUCGGCCACUACCGGCUCCCCCCAGCAGGGGGCUUCGGCCAGCCCAGACAAUCCUCAGCUCUCUGCCUUGUUAAUGGGAAAAGCCAACAGUAAUAACAGUAAUACUCCGGGUGAGGCAGGCAAGGCGCAGGUCAACCAUGUGACGUCAGCGGCCACGGCCACAUCGACGACGACGGGGGCGGCAAUGGCAGCAGCGUCGGCAUCUUCAUCGUUAUCGUCUUCAGCGGCGGUUGCUCAGGGCAACUCGCUGGCAUCCUCGCCCUGCUCGGCCAUGUCCACGGCGUCCGCCUCGCCAGGUGGCCCUGGCGCCACCCCAACGUCCGCUACACUUAACGGCCAGGGCCCCGAGCACACGCACAGUCCCCGCACCACGCAGGAGACUGGAGGACGGCCACACAAACCCCCGGCUCCCACCCUCGCGCCCUGGUCCUCAGUCUCCAUCUACCCCAGCUCCAGCGAAGUCCUCAAGGCCUGCCGGAAUCUGGGGAAGAACGGCCUGUCCAGCAGCAGCAUCCUGCUGGACAAGUGUCCCCCUCCCCGAGUGCCCUCGGCACCCUACCCUCCGCUGCCAAAGGACAAGCUCAACCCCCCCCCCAGUAUUUACCUGGAAAAUAAGAGGGAUGCUUUCUUCCCACCACUGCACCAAUUCUGCACCAACCCUACCAACCCAGUCACGGUCAUACGGGGCCUAGCAGGGGCUCUCAAACUUGAUCUGGGUCUGUUCUCCACAAAGACGCUGGUAGAGGCCAACCCAGAGCACCUGGUGGAGGUGCGGACACAGCUGUCCCAGCCCACGGACGAGAACUGGGACCCCACGGGCACACGCAAGAUGUGGCGCUGCGAGAGCAGCCGCUCGCACACCACCAUCGCCAAGUAUGCCCAGUACCAGGCCUCGUCCUUCCAGGAGUCACUACGGGAGGAGAAUGAGAAGAAAGGCCAGAAGGACCACUCGGACACAGAGUCUGCCUCCACAGAGAAUAUGAUGAGGCGACGGAAAGGCCCCUUCAAGUACAUAAAGUUUGGGACCAACAUCGACCUGUCGGAUGAAAAGAAGUGGAAGCCCCAGCUGGCGGAGCUGAGUAAGCUACCGGCGUUUGCCAGAGUGGUGUCAGCUGGGAACCUGCUCAGCCACGUGGGCCACACCAUCCUGGGCAUGAACACCGUACAGCUCUACAUGAAGGUGCCCGGCAGCAGGACGCCAGGGCAUCAAGAAAACAACAACUUCUGUUCGGUGAACAUCAACAUCGGCCCAGGGGACUGUGAAUGGUUUGCUGUGCCCGAGCCAUACUGGGGGGUCAUGAACGAGUUCUGUGAAAAGAACAAUAUAAACUUCCUCAUGGGCUCGUGGUGGCCUAACCUGGAGGACCUGUUUGAAGCCAACGUGCCCGUGUACCGCUUCAUCCAGCGGCCCGGAGACCUGGUAUGGCUCAACACGGGCACCGUGCACUGGGUGCAGGCCAUCGGCUGGUGCAACAACAUCGCCUGGAACGUUGGGCCCCUGACUGCAUACAUGUAUAAGCUGGCAGUGGAGCGAUACGAGUGGAACAAACUGCAGUGUGUCAAAUCCAUCGUUCCCAUGGUUCACCUGUCCUGGAACAUGGCCAGGAACAUCAAAGUGUCCGACCACAAGCUCUUUGAGAUGAUCAAGUACUGCUUGUUCCGGACGCUGAAGCAGUGUCAGAUGCUGAAGGAGGCGCUGAUGACUGCUGGCAAGGAGCUAGUGUGGCACGGGAGGACCAAGGACGAGAUCGCACACUACUGCAGCAUCUGCGAGGUGGAGGUGUUUGAUCUGCUGUUUGUGACCAGCGAGAGCAACUCCCGGAAGACGUACGUGGUGCACUGCCAGGACUGCGCACGCAAGGCCAGCACCAACCUUGACAACUUUGUGGUGCUGGAGCAGCACAGGAUGGACGACCUGAUGCAGAUCUACGACCAGUUCACAUUAGUAAGUCACACACUUCAUGACCAGGGCGCAAUAGUAAAAGUCACGCUGCACGUCCAUUUCACAUUAGUAAGUCACACCCUGCACGACCAGUUCACAUUAGUAAGUCACACGCUUCACGACCAGUUCACAUUAGUAUGUCACACGCUGCACGGCCGGUUCACAUUAGUAAGUCAGUUUUUAUCGGACGGCCACACACCGAUUCUGACAGCCUCGGUAUCCAUCUUGACUCUCCAGUGAUUAACGAAACGACAGGAACAGUGGCAUAAACAUUUCCAAUGCAACAACGAUCUCUACCAAUCAAAGGCAUUGCUUUUAUUGGCUUUUACAACGUUAGGAUUUUGGGUAGUGUAGUACUUUUCCGUUAAAUCGCGAAUAAAACAUUUUCUCAAACAUUUUAAAACAUUUUCUCAAAACAAG